AUGUCAGCUGUUUUCGGUAAUCAAUCACUAGUUGAACUAGUUCGUGCUCCCUCUUACACAAAAACGUUGGCGAAUGUCUACGAGUUGCAGCCGCAACUGUCGUUUGCCGAGACGUACUGGGCGUCGUGGUACGCGUUUAUGAACAAUGACGUUUUGGCGACCGGGCUGAUGUUUUUUUUGCUGCACGAGUUUAUGUAUUUUUUCAGAUCGCUUCCAUGGAUGAUCAUCGACCAGAUUCCGUGGUUCAGAAGGUACAAGAUCCAGCCCACGAAGAUUCCAAGCGUCAAGGAGCAGUGGCACUGCUUCAAGUCGGUGCUGCUGUCGCACUUCCUCGUGGAGGCGAUUCCGAUCUGGACGUUCCACCCGCUGUGCGAGAAGCUGGGCAUCUCUGUUGCGGUGCCGUUUCCCAGUGUCAAGAAGAUGGCGCUCGAGAUUGCGUUGUUCUUCGUGCUGGAGGACGUGUGGCACUACUGGGCGCACAGGCUGUUCCACUACGGUGUUUUCUAUAAGUACAUUCACAAGCAGCACCACAGAUACGCCGCGCCCUUUGGUAUGGCCGCGGAGUACGCGCACCCUGUCGAGACCAUGACGCUUGGAUUCGGGACUGUUGGGAUGCCCAUUCUGUACGUGAUGUACACGGGCGAGCUGCAUCUUUUCACGUUGUCGCUGUGGAUAGCGCUGAGACUUUUCCAGGCGGUCGAUGCGCACUCGGGAUACGACUUCCCUUGGUCGCUGAACAAGAUUUUGCCCUUCUGGGCGGGUGCGGAACACCACGAUUUGCACCAUCACUUCUUCAUCGGCAACUACGCUUCUUCGUUCAGAUGGUGGGACUACUGUUUGGAUACGGAGGCAGGCCCCGAAGCCAAGAUCGCCCGAGAGGAGAGGAUGAAGAAAAAUGCUCUCAACAAAGUCAAGAGAAACUGA